CUAUCCACUCUCUGUUUUCUCGGGGCAAUAGAUUAUCUCUGGGCAGUAGAUUUAUCUAUCCACUCUCUGUUUUAUCUGGGCAGUAGAUUAUCUCUGGGCAGUAGAUUUAUCUAUCCACUCUCUGUUUUCUCUGGGCAGUAGAUUAUCUCUGGGCAGUAGAUUUAUCUAUCCACUCUGUUUUCUCUGGGCAGUAGAUUUAUCUAUCCACUCUGUUUUCUCUGGGCAGUAGAUUUAUCUAUCCACUCUGUUUUCUCUGGGCAGUAGAUUAUCUCUGGGCAGUAGAUUUAUCUAUCCACUCUGUUUUCUCUGGGCAGUUGAUUUAUCUAUCCACUCUGUUUUCUCUGGGCAGUAGAUUUAUCUAUCCACUCUGUUUUCUCUGGGCAGUAGAUUAUCUCUGGGCAGUAGAUUUAUCUAUCCACUCUGUUUUCUCUGGGCAGUAGAUUUAUCUAUCCACUCUGUUUUCUCUGGGCAGUAGAUUUAUCUAUCCACUCUGUUUUCUCUGGGCAGUAGAUUAUCUCUGGGCAGUAGAGUUAUCUAUCCACUCUCACGACACACACUUCUUUGAUGAUGUGACUCGCUUACGUGGUGGAGGGAACAUUCUACCAUCUGUUCUGUAGAGAGGAGCUGUGGUGUCGUGUCUCCUCUCUCCUCUCCUCUCCCAUGCUCUCCUCCUCCCCUCCCUACUGUGCUGUAAAAUGUUUAGCAGGUUGUAAAUAACAGGUGAAAUGGUUUUGGGUUUGUGCUGGCAUGCAGGCAGGAAUUGGACACAGUACUGAUUGUUUAGUGUUUCAGCCUGGCCGACUGUUGUGUGGGCGGACAUGACAAACCUACUCAGCCCCUGGUCUCUGUCAUCAAUGCUGUCAACAGCUCACCCACCAGCUACUGGCUUCUGUACUGCUGCUCUCAAACAUCUCUCUCACACACACACAUAAACACACAUAAACCUCACAAAAUGGAUGUACUUAUUCAGGCAUUCCUGGAAAUGAGUGGAACAUGUCAUUGAUGUUGACAUUGAUGGGCGGGCAAUAUAACGCAAACAUCUAGCAACCUAAAUGUUGCGUGUUUUGAAUCUCAUCAUGGACAACUUUAGCAUUUUUAGCUAAUUAACAACUACUUACUACUUGUUAGCUACUUUGCAACGACUUAGCAUGUUAGCUAACUCCUCCCCUAACCUUAAACCCCUGAGCCCUAAUCCCUAGCAUAGCUAACAUUAACCACCUAGUUCAUGUUAGAAUUAGCCAUAUAGCUAAUGUUCAUUGGAAUUCGUAACAUAUUGUACAUUUCAGAAAAUGUGUGACAUACUGUAUUGUAUGAAUUGCAAUUUAAAACAUUCCAGACCAUAAGGAUGAUGGACAUCCACAAAUGAACGCAUACCAUACCGAAAUGUAAUGUGUUUUACUAAUAGGAGUGUCCCUUAUUUACAUGUACUAUGUCACUGUAGGUCUCCCCGAAUCCAGGUUGGAAACGUAAGGAUGCUUUGAGCAGUUUCUUGGGUUGAUGGGUAGGUAGGCUGGCUAUACGGGACAUAUUCAGGCGUGCAUCACAUGCACUUCGUAAUAGCAUCGUUUAUUCUCUCUGUCCAUAGCUCUCUCGUGGAUGAAGUCACACUAUGGGUUUACACUUCAUUCCAGUCCGUGACAAUCUGACAAAUAGAUGGGUGGAUGACAUGCUCUGACAUCAGCAUAGUUUAUUGUACACGGACGGGAACAGUCGGCGGUUGAUUCCACGGGCAGCAUCUGGCAAAGUUUACUAUUCAAGAUCCUCUGUUUUGUUCAUCUCUAGAUAUAAUAAAACCGCGCAAGCGAUGUUGGUUUCAAUUUAAGACCGGUCGAGCUUUCUAUCCCGUAGCUUUCGAAAUCGCCAUUGCUAGGAAGAUUGAACCGUGCACAGUGAUGAAGAGUGGGGACUGGGGCUUCCGGUGUAAAACAGGCUGUCUUUAUGAAAUCCAUCGAGGUGCGGAACUACUGCCGAUUCCUGCUCCCGCUGCAUAUUAGGCCUAUCAUAAUCUAUUGUUAUCCGAGAUGAUAUCCCGUACGAGUUGAAACGAAUCCGACAAAACACCUGGAAUAUAACGAAAACCGUCUCAACCAGCCUGCUCAGCCAUCCACGCUCCAUUGCAAAUGUCAGUUUCACUGGAAAUACAUCAAGUCAUUUGAUGGGAUCUUAUUUCUCGCUUAUUAAAACAGAGAAGCCAUUCCCGUGGGGUUUAUUUCAUGGGGAUGUGUUCAAGACAAGAGAGAAUACAAAAAGACGUCAACAUCGUAAUUCAAAGGAGCAAGGCAGAGAAAGACUGCCUUUUCUCUGAUUUCAGAUAUACUGACGCCACCUUCACCUUCACUUAUUCCAAAGGCUCCAGAAGGGUGUCCUACUCUGUGCACGUCUCUGACGACUACCCAGACAACACAUACGUGUCAAACUCUGAAAACGAGGAUGAAGUUCUAGUAACCAGAGACCCGAUCCCCGUCAUCUUCCACAGAAUCUCAACAGAGAUUACGAUCAACAAUGACGCCAGCUGCUGCCUGUCCAUCAAGACCAAACUUCAGUUAGACAAAAACCAGUGCCACUAUGCCAUAGAGGAGGACUCUGAGGGGGAUGCUGACUCCGAGGAGUUUUACUAUGGAGGUCAGGUGAACUACGAUGGCGAGCUCCACAAGCACCCCCAGUUGGAGGCAGACCUGGCGGCGGUCCGGGAGAUGUACGGACAUCACGCAGUAUCUCUCAGGGAAUACGGUGCGAUUGAUGACGUGGACAUUGAUCUGCACAUCGACGUCAGUUUCCUAGAUGAGGAAAUAGCCCUGGCAUGGGACGUGAUCCGCAGGGAGCCGGUGAUCGUGCGUCUUCACUGCUCUCUGACACAGUACCUGAAUGGACCAGUCCCCACGGUGGACGUGUUCCAGGCAUCGACUAAGGACCGGUUUGGACUGGGACAUCAGUUGAAGAAGAUAAUGCAGACGUUUGUCACCCAGCAGUGGAAACACCAAAGUGAAGAGAAGCUCAACUCCCUUCACAACAAAAACAAGAACAAGAAGAAGGUCAAAUCUCCCCUCCACAUCUUCUCAACCCUCCGCAGAUCUCCCAGCUACCCGCCUCCUGGCUGUGUCAAGAGCAAGAAGAAUCUGAAGCCGGAACAAGAUGGCGUCUCUAAAUCCCACCGUCUCCUCGGCCAGACCUGUUCCAGCACCGUUAAACAGCAGGUUGAAGCGGAGGUCCCUGGAACUAAGACCACCCACCGUCUCCUCGGCCAGUCCCUGUCUAGCACAGACCCCCGUUUGGACCACGGAGGAGGGCCCUGUCCCGGACCCCUGCCCCUCAAACCCCGCCGCAUCCUGGGCAGGCCCUGCUCGGCUUUGGUCAAACCAGAGGACCUCCGCCCCACUCCCCACAAACUCCUGCCCCGAUUGUGCUCCGGCGACCCCCGCUGUGAGCACGCUGGUGGGGGAGGAGGCAGUCUUGGAGGAGGUUUGAAGCACCACAGGCUGCUCAGUAGGUCGUGCUCUGGUUCUAUCAGGACAGAGGAAUUAGAUGGACUGAAACACCACCACCACCUCCUCAGCAGGUCCUACUCCAGCAGUACCAAGAUGGGCAAAGCAGCGGACAUCUUCAAGGACUCUGUGUCUCCGUCCGAGGGGAGGCGCCUCUCUCUUACCUCAGGGCUCAUGGGGAUCCUCGCCCCCUCGCUCGCCACGCCCCCGCCGCCAAACAAUGGGGCCAAGUCCAUUCCGAUAAGAGACAGAGGCUUCCUUGUCCAGACCAUGGAAUAUGCUGAGCAGAGAACUCCGGUCCUGAAUGAGUUCUGUGUGGUGUGUGACGAACCACAUGUGUUCCAGAACGGACCCAUGCUCCGACCCACGGUGUGUGAGCGAGAACUGUGUGUGUUUGCCUUUCAAACACUGGGGGUGAUGAACGAGGCAGCCGACGAGAUCGCCACCGGAGCUCAGGUGGUGGACCUGUUGGUGUCCAUGUGUAGGUCUGCUCUAGAGUCUCCCAGGAAAGUGGUCAUCUUUGAGCCAUAUCCCUCCGUGGUGGAUCCGUGUGACUCCCAGGCACUGGCCUUCAACCCCCGGAAAAAGGAUUAUGACCGAGUGAUGAGAGCCCUUGACAGCCUUACCUCUAUCAGAGAAAUGUCCCAGAGUAUUGUUUCUCUACAGGCACCUUACCUUGAGGUCAAGAGGCAGAUGGACAAGCAUGAUCCUUUAGCUCACCCCUUACUGCAAUGGGUAAUAUCCAGUAACAGGUCACACAUCGUCAAACUUCCAGUUACCAGACAGUUGAAGUUCAUGCACACCCCGCACCAGUUCCUUCUACUCAACAGUCCUCCUGCCAAAGAGUCCAACUUCCGAGCUGCCAAAAACCUCUUCGGGAGUACCUUCGCUUUCCAUGGUUCUCACAUAGAGAAUUGGCACUCCAUUUUGAGAAACGGUUUGGUGGUUGCAUCCAACACAAGACUUCAGCUCCAUGGCGCCAUCUAUGGGAGUGGAAUCUAUCUCAGCCCAAUGUCAAGCAUAUCCUUUGGUUACUCAGGGAUGAACAAAAAGCAACAGAAGGUUGCUUCAAAGGACCAAACUGCGACAAACAAGACCAACUUACAUUUGCAGUCAACAAAGAAAGGACAGCAGCCCCAGUUUUUGCAAAGUCGGAACCUAAAGUGCAUAGCCUUAUGUGAAGUCAUCACGUCCCCUGACCUGCACAAACAUGGAGACAUCUGGGUCGUCCCAAACACCGACCACGUCUGUACACGUUUCUUCUUCGUCUAUGAAGAUGGUCAGGUGGGAGACACAAGCAUAAACACACAAGACGCUGGCAUCCAUCGAGAGAUCCUACGAGUCAUCGGCAAUCAGACUGCCACGGGGUGAACCUCGCUGAAAUGGAAAUGUCCUUCCCGUAAUUCUGCUGCCGCCACCUCCCGGCUCAAAGCUGCAUUUUUUUGAGCUGCUGAAGCCCGUAGUAACAAGUGUGUUUCCGACCAAUGUAGAGAACACAUCAACAACUUAGCAAAAGUUUGAAAUCUUCAAGGAAACCUUGAUGAAAUCAACAACACAUAUUUACAACUGAAACACAGCAAAACUCUUUCGGGAAGAACACAUUUUGCUAAGUUUAUAAAUACUAUGAAGAAUCCUGUUUUUCUGAAGACACGGUAUGUCUCUGUUUGACUGAUUGGGACGACUUCAUUUUUUUUUUUUAUAGAGAACAUUUAAAAACGGUAAAACUCUUUGGUGAAUAUUUUGAGACUUCUUGCUCGUAGAUGUGGGACCUUUUCAGCAAAAAUAACGAUUAUGUUCCCUUCCUGUCUAGCAAAAAGGUCCCAUCUAUCUGACCUUAUUUACUGUAAAAGAGUUGUAUCUUUUCAAAAUACAAUGUACUUUAUGUAUACUGAAGGUGUUAAUAUGCACUUCAUGUUUCUUAAUGUCAUACAUUUGUUCUAACAACUGAGUCAUAAUCUGAUAAACUAAAAAGCCCCCCCCCCCCCACACUUGAUUUAAAAAAAAAAUUAAACAAAAGAAUAGUUGUGAUUUCCGGUGGUGUGAUAUGUCGAUUACCAUUCCGUGUCGACUGAGGGACAACAGCAAUAUGUUGAGUGGAAUAGACACAUUUAGGCCCAGGAUUCUAUCAGGCCUGCAGGGAGUUCUGGGUGUACUAGAUCUGUCUUUCUCAUUGAAAGCCACUCUAAGAAGUGGUAGAUUGGUUCUGUGUGUGUUAUUUCUAUGCUUCCCGUUCUUAAAUUACAUUUUAGCGUCUUUUACUUUCGGUUUUGUACACCAGGUGGAAACAGCUGAAAAUACAAUAUUUUUGGUUAUUGAAAAUAUAUUUUACAAUAUAUUAUCUACACUAUACUUACUAUGUUUUGUUACAUAAACGGAAAUUAAGCAAACUAUUAGAAAUUUAGCAACUAGGAAAUGACAGAGCAAUUUUCUGCACAGUGUACCGUUAAAGGGAAUUUACCAUUGAGCCGACAUCUGCCGUGUUUACUUAGAAGGCCAUCUCCUCGACCGUGGUAACA